GAUACAUUUAAAAAUACAGGAUACUCUUGACACGUUCGGUAUAAUUAGAGAAGGGUAGUUUUUGAUUAAAAUAUGAGGUGGUUCACCAGCUCAAGUCGCCAUACGGAUAUUUACUUUUACUUACUACAGAUUUAUGUCUAAUACUAUGUGAAUUCGAAAAAGGCUGCGCAGUCGCUUUUUUAUAUUUUUUUUUCUUUUUUUUUUUAUAUAUGUUUACACUGUUCCUUAAAAAGACGUAAAUAAAAAAUCAUUUACAGUAUAGAUUAAGAUUUCAGAUUCUAGUUGAACCCGAAUUAGUUAACCUAUCAGAACCUGAACCGAUAGUUGUUUUUUUUUAAUUUACCUUAAAAAAUUACCUGUUUACAUUGAUUAACAUGAUGUUUUUGUGCCACAGUCUAGCAACAAAGCGAAGGCAGCGCGAAGUAGCAUGACAAAGUUAAACACCAAGUGAGCAAACAUGCGUACAUUUACACUUUAUUAAAUAGUUUUCUCUUGCAUAGUUGGUCCAUUGUGGACAUGAUAACUGCAGGCGUAAUGUGCUUUUGUGAGAUCCUGCUUCAAGAAGUAAAGUACUACAGAAAGUAGAACCGUAAUGCUGGCCAUGAUAUAUGUUUAGAUGAGGUCGAUGAAUAUGAUUCAACUACCCCAUCAGUAGCUUAGAAAACUUCCAGAAUCGAACAACUCGUGGUAAACUUUAAAGACGCGCUUCCAGAGAAGCAUUUCUAGGCGUCAUUUGAAACUGCAAGGCAUCGGUUUGCUGGCCAAUCUGUUAUGAGCAUUCUAUGUAUAAGGGGUAAUAUCACCUUAAAGGAUUCAUGAUAUGAUUAUCUUUUAACGAUUGUCGCUUACAUUUACUAUUUUCAAAUAACACGUAAGCAGAUAUAAGCAAACUUUCUCUAAUUCCUUUAAGCUAAUCAGUACUUCCAUUUGUGAAAGAUUGGGUACCAUGAGGUGGCUAUCCGUACGAAUAUCAUCAUCGAGUUGCCUGUUUACAACACGGAUUACGAGAACUUCCCUCCUUUGAAUUCGCGUUGGAUAAGUUAACACCAAGAACAGUAAUUGAACGCAUGUUGUUAUUACACGUGUUAGUCGAUAUAAUGUAGAAGAUCAUAAAGAAUUUUUUGACGCUAUUUAAAUAAUACCUGUCAAAUAGUUGAUCUAAUGCUUAAUGUUUAUUUCUUGGAGAUCGCUGUAUGUGCAAGACUGUCAGGUGUCUAGAAAAAGGCAAAAAAUAUCGUUGAAGCAGACUUAAAACGAGUUGGCAUCGAUGCAACUGCGGAUCGAAUGGGUGUAGUUGUGAAUCAGACAGAAAGGUGAUUAUUUGUAAUUCAUGGCGGGCCGAAAAUUUGCGUAUAACGUUAAUGUGGGCGUGCUGGGUCACGUCGACUCCGGGAAGACCUCUCUCUGUCGUGUCCUUAGUGAGCACGGCUCAACGGCUGCUUUCGACAAAAACACACAAUCCCAACAAAGGGGCAUCACGAUUGACCUCGGGUUUUCUGCGUUUUCCUAUAAUGGCAUCCAUUUCACCCUUGUUGACUGCCCUGGCCAUGCACGCUUGAUUCGAACGGUUAUUGGAGGUGCGCAAAUCAUCGAUGUGAUGAUGCUAGUGGUCGACGUCACCAAAGGUAUACAGACUCAAACAGCGGAAUGUCUUGUCAUUGGCGAGAUAUGCUGCGAUAGGCUCAUUGUUGUGUUGAACAAGAUUGAUCUUCUUCAUCAAGAAAAAGCCGAAAUCGAGAAGAUCCGCAAGAGACUUGCGAAAACACUGGAAGUUACCAAGUUUAAAGGUGCUGAAAUGAUAGCUGUAUCGGCUGCACGAGAAGCGGAUUCCUCAAUUCAAGGGCGCGGUAUAGAUGAACUCAAAGAUCUAUUGGCUCGUACUGUCCUAGCGCCCCAGCGAAGUCCAGACGGUCCUUUUGUCCUUUACGUUGAUCACUGCUUUCAGAUAAAAGGCCAGGGCACCGUUCUAACCGGAACAAUAAUCCAAGGCGCGGUUUCUGUUAAUUCGGCAAUCGACAUUCCAUGCUUGAAGCUCCAACGAAAAGUGAAGUCAAUACAGAUUUUUCGGCAGUCGGUCAGUGAGGCAAUGCAGGGCGAUCGAGUAGGUGUGUGCGUGACACAUUUAGAUGCAAAACUUUUCGAAAGGGGUGUGGUUUGUUCUCCCGGUCAUCUACAGCCCAGCUAUGCAAUCAUAGCAUCAAUUACGAGGAUUAGUUAUUUUCGUAGAGAUAUUCGUACAGGAACAAAGUUUCACAUAACAGCCGUUCAUGACACUGUUCUUGCUAAAAUCGUUCUAUUUAGCUCGGACCUAACCACAUUUGAGAUACAAGAAGAUAUGCCAUUUGAAGAGAUUCUGCCUAAAGAAAAAGAUUCGAAGACCUGGUUUGUUCUGGUAGAAUUUGAGCAACCCAUGAUUUGCGGCUUGGGAAGUUUAAUACUGGGUUCUAAAUUAGACUCUGAUAUACACUCAAAGACUUGCCGUCUUGCUUUUUAUGGUAACGCUGUGAAGGUCUACACAAGUCCGGAUUAUCAAGCCAGUUUAAGUGAAAUUCGAGUAUUUAAGGUGAAAUGCAAAACCGGCAUAGUUGACAGAGUGCCUAAUGAUACCGAGGUGAUUAUUAAGGAUAUGUUUAAAAAGGAAACCAACAUUGGCCUCUUCACUGGCAUGAAAGUAUCGUUUAGUAGUGGUGAGACGGGUGUAAUCAAAGGAUUAUUUGGUCAGAGUGGAAAAGCUAAGGUACAGCUAGACUUCGAUCAGGAAAUGACCCCAAAAUUAGCUAAGUAUAAAAGUAAAAAAGAGGCCAAAGGUGACGAGGCCAAAUCAGAUGGUAGGCAGGAUCAAAAACAUGUUACUGUUACGCUUCGAUUUAAAAGAUUUGUCUUCGAUGUUAAUAAAAAGAUGGUGCAAUAAUACGUUAUUUAUAACGUAUUACUUAUAUAUAUGUUAUAUAUAUAUAUGUAUAUAAUAAAAUGUAUGUUAU